AUGUCUGCUCCAGCCAGGCGCCUCGCGGCUCGACUGCCGCACCGCGAACGGCAGGAAAUCGUGAAAUCGAUUUUGCAGCCGGCGCUCUCCAUCUCAACAUCCUCCCCGUCCCCUUCCUCACGUCCGAUCACCAGAUCCGUCGAUCUACAAUCCGCAGAUCCGCAACUUUGCGCAUCCACCGUCGAUUCGAGUCCGGCCUGCGAGUUAUUCGAGCAGCCCGCCGUGUUUCCCGGCGGAUCUGGCGCUGCGUCGCGCGGGUACGAGAUUCUAAGCCGAGAUCCGCCAUAUCCGUCCGCGGUUUCAGGAGGAGGGCAGCAGCAACAUCAUCAGCAGCGGCAGCAAGAUCACGCGCUUCCACCGCCGCAGUCCACGCUAUCUCAAACCCAAUCGCGUCCUCCUUCACACCUCCUCUCACUCUCUCCCUUUCCCCGCAUCGACUCCCGCGAUCGCCCAUGGGGAUUGCUGGCUCAGCGCGGCGCGUCUGCCGCAUUCCACGCCGCAACGGCCGCCGGCAGCCCCUGGCCACUCCCCGUUCGACACCUGGCACUUGCCAGCGGCGCGCUUGCGGAAGAUCCGGAUACCUGGGAGGGCACGGGGGGUCAGCGCAAGGGGCCCGGGCGGGGAGGGGACGGGGUUGAGGGUUUCGGGGAUUUCGGCGGGGCGGGGGAAGGCGGAAGGAGAAGGGGGGAAGGGGGAUCUCGUGGCGGAAGGGGCGGCGGAGGUGGCGGCGAGGGUUUCCGGGGGAAACCUAGGGGCGGCAGGGGCCAUGAGAACAGAAGCGCCGGCGCCACUUCUCCGCAGUUGGGGGGGGCGAAAUCCUGGGGAUCCCGCGCUCAAGUUGCGCCCCGAAGCGCUAGAUCGUCGCAUCCGCCAAAGGCGGCGCCAGAUCCGGGGCCGCGGGAGGUGCAGCUGCCGGCUGGGCGAAUCACGAUCCGCCAGCUGGCAGUGCGGCUGGGGAAGCGGAUCGAGGAGGUCCGCGCAUGUCUGGCGGCGCUGGGGGAGGAGGGGAAGGGGGCAGAGGGGGAUGGGGGCGGGGGGAGUGGGCGCGCGGGAGCGGAUGCUAUGGUUUCCGCGGAUGCUGCGGAGCUAGUUGCACUGGAAUUCGGCUUCACAGUCUCCGGGGGGCGGGACCUGCGCGCGGAGGAGGGCGCGGGGGGCGCGGAGGGCGCAGAGGCGGAGGCGGAGGCGCGGAAGGCGUGGCCGUGGCGCGCGCCAGUGGUGGCGGUCAUGGGGCACGUGGAUCACGGCAAGACGUCCCUGCUGGACGCGCUUCGGCAGACCUCUGUGGCUGAAUCGGAGGCGGGGGGGAUCACCCAGCACAUAGGCGCGUUUAAGGUGCAGAUGCCGUCAGGAGCGGCGCUCACGUUCCUGGACACGCCGGGGCACGCGGCUUUUGCAGCGAUGAGGGCGCGGGGCGCAGCAGUGACGGAUAUCGUGGUGCUGGUGGUGGCGGCAGAUGAUGGGGUCAUGCCGCAGACCCUCGAGAGCAUCCAGCACGCCAGGAGCGCAGGUGUCCCCAUGGUGGUGGCGAUAACCAAGUGCGACAAGGAGGGGGCAGACCCGGACCGGGUGACCCAACAACUCAUCUCAGAAGGACUAGAACUCGAAGAGAUAGGAGGAGACGUGCAGGUGGUGAGAGUGUCCGCCCGUACACGCUCCGGGCUCGAAACCCUAGAAGAAGCCGUGGCUUUACAGGCUGAGUUGAUGGAUCUAAGAGGGAGGGAGUCUGGGGAGGCGGAGGCGGUUGUGAUUGAAGCGAGGAUGGCGCGGGGGAAGGGGCCGCUGGCGAGCGUGAUUGUAAAGGGGGGGAGGUUGCGGAGCGGGAUGUAUGUGGUGGUGGGGAAGUGGUGGGGGCGGGUGAGGAGUCUGAAGGGGUGCCGCGGGGAGAGCCUAAAGGAGGCAGGGCCGUCUACACCGGUGGAGAUUGAUGGGCUGAAGGGCGUACCUGAGGCAGGUGAUUCGCUCAUAGAGGUGGCAUCUGAGGCGAGAGCGAGGCGGAUCAGUGAGGCGAGACAGGAGGCGUCAGACAGACAGAGGCUGCUGCAGCAGCAGAAGGCUACCAAUGCGUUACAAGAGCAGCAGGCGGGGCAGCAGGCGGGGCAAGGGACAGGGGAGGUGCAAGCCCGGGGGGGGUCCGCAGGUGCCACAGCCAACUCAGCAGCAGCAGCAGCAGCAGGAAAGGCAGGAGCAGGAACGGCAGGGGAGGAGCAGGAGCAAGCAGACGACUCAGCAGCCACCACCCCCACCCAAAAAGAAGUGGUGCUGGUGCUGAAAGGAGACGUGCAGGGGUCGGUGGAAGCGGUGGGAAGCGCGCUGGAGCACAUGGGGUGUGAGAGGGUGCGUGUGAGAGUGGUGCAUGCGGAGGUGGGGGCGAUCACGCAGUCAGAUAUCGACAUGGCGGAGGCCACGGGGGCAGCUGCCAUCGUGGGGUUUAAUGUGCGCUGCAUGGGUGCUGCGGUGGAUGCUGCUGCCAAGCAGGCUGAUGUACCGAUCCGUCUGCACCGAGUGAUCUACCACCUGUUGGAGGACAUUGGAGGGCUGGUGGUGCAGCAGGCUCCUACAGUGCGGUGCAGUGUGGUGACAGGGCAAGCACAGGUGCUGCAGCUCUUCCCCCUCAAGGGCAAAUCCAACCGCCGCUCCUCCUCCUCCUCUGCCUCCUCCUCGGCCUCAUCGCAGUCUAAUUCUAGCAGCGGUGGGGGUGGGGGUGGGAAGAGAGAAGGUGCUGGGGGUGCGGAUGAGAGUGCAGCAGAGAUGAUUGCUGGGUGUAAGGUUACGGAAGGGAGGUUUCACCGGGGGGCGAAGCUGCGAGUGUUGAGAUCUGGAGAGAUGGUGUACGAAGGGCUGUGUGCGUCGUUAAGGAGGGAGAGGGCGGACGUGGACGCAGUGAAUGCGGGGGUGGACAAGGAGUCGUUUGAGAUCGUCGUGAUUGACAACAACAGCCCACCGCUUCCGCUUGUCUUGCCCCUCUCCUCCCCUCCUCCCGACCUCACCAAGGAGUCGUUUGAGAUCAUCGUGAUAGACGACAACAGCCCGGACGGCACGCAAGAGGUGGUGAAGAAGCUGGCCAAGCACUAUGGGGAGGACACCAUUCUUCUUCGGCCAAGGCCUGGCAAGCUAGGACUAGGCACGGCAUACGUAUUUGGGCUGCAGCAUGCGCGGGGGGAGUUCGUGUUUAUCAUGGACGCGGACCUAUCGCACCACCCAAAGUACAUCCCCCAGUUCAUUCGCAAGCAGCAGGAGACAGACGCUGACAUAGUCACUGGGUCACGCUACUCCCCAGGGGGAGGCGUCGUGGGGUGGGACUUCAAGCGCAAGAUGACCAGCCGAGGAGCCAAUGUGCUCACGCACACGCUGCUCUGGCCGCGCGUGUCCGACCUCACGGGCUCGUUCCGGCUGUAUCGCAAGGAGAUUUUGGAGAAUCUGAUGGAUGUGGUGGUGUCCAAGGGCUAUGUGUUCCAGAUGGAGAUGAUUGUCCGGGCGAGUCGGGCCAGUUUGGUGAUUGAGGAGGUGCCAAUUGUAUUCGUGGAUCGGUUGUAUGGUUCUUCGAAGCUGGGAGGGACAGAGAUUUCCCGCAGAAUGCAUCCUGACAAGAAAGCCAACAACCCUGAUGCAGCCUCCAAGUACCAAGAGCUGGGCAAAGCGCGCAAGGUGCAUCCGGACAAGAACCCCAACGACCCUGAUGCAGCCGCCAAGUUCCAAGCACUGGGCGAGGCGUACCAGGUGCUGAGUGACGAGAUGCAGAGGCAGCGCUACGACGCCGCUGGGAAAUCAGGCAUCUCCAGGGAGGCGAUGGUGGAUCCAGCGGCGCUUUUUGGAAUGCUAUUCGGCAGCGAGGCCUUUGAGGACUAUGUGGGGCAGCUCGCCAUGGCCACCCUCGCCUCCCUCGCUGUCGACUCCGUCACCAACGCCUCUACCCCUGCCGGCCCGUCUAUUGCCAAGGACGCGGCUUCCAGUGCUUCUGCAACCCCGGGAGGGCCUGGGGAUGCGGUGGACGCGAUGGCGAUUCAGGCGAAGCUCACGGUGGCACAGGAGGAGCGAGUGCAGGAGCUGGGGGUGAAGCUCAAGAGCCGCUUGGACGUGUUCGCGUCACCCUCGGCCAAUCAGGGCCUGGACGGCGGCAGGCAUGCGUUCAUGCGCUGGGCGCACGAGGAGGCGGAGGAGCUCAGCCACGCAGGUAGGGAGGGGUUGGGUGCGGUUGUGAG